AACUUUAUGAACCACUCUGAAUGGCACAGAACCAGACAAAGAAAGGGAAAAAUUCCAAAACAAGUCCCAGUGACAAAGAGAUUACAAGCAAGGGAGAAGCAACAAAGAAUGACAAUGAUCACGAUCAAAAUCCAACGGAACCCAGCAGGAAAGUUACAGAGAAGGGAAAAAGUUCUGAGAAUUCCACAAAAAAGUCAUUGGAACAAUCCAAAACUUCCCUUGAUUUAACCAAAAAACAUUCUGACCAGGCAAAAAAUCAGGGAGAACCAGCCAAGGGCACAAAACCAAAAACAAGCUCAACCAAAAAAGUUCUGAAAAUAGAAAGGAAUCAUAGUGAAGCCAAAAAGAUUCUGUGUCAAAUGAACAGUCAGCUUACAGAACUUCUACUUGGACGACCAAGUCUUAUGGAAAGUCCAACAGACUUGACGCGAAGGUCAUUGAGUGCCAUACAGACCCUGACUAAGGAUAUUGAAGCUGUUCUUGACAGGUCAAGUAAGAAAUCUAGUUUUCUUGAGGACAUUGGACAUCUCUUGCAAGAAAAUUCUCAAAUCAAGCAAAUGUUACAUAAAUGUGAAUCUAAUCUAAAAAGUGAAAAAGAACUGGUGAAGUUCCAUACAAACAGGUCUAGAACAUUCCAGAAUGAUGUAGAGAAACUUAAGGUGGAGAAGAAGCAAGUAGCUGACAAAAAUAAGGAAUUGGAAGAUAUGAUAAUUGAGUUGGAAAGUAAAUUUGUGCAAACAAGGCAAAGCCAUCAAAAUGCCAUAAAAAUACACACGGAGAAGCAGGUUGGACUUCAGGAUAAGAUUAAUAAAUACGAAUUUUCUUUAUCAUCACUGGAGGACAAGAAUUCAGAGCUCACCACAGACAAUCAAAGUCUGAAAGACAAAAUACAGGAGUUAGAACAAAGAAACAAAGCCCUAGAAAAGAAGUGUCAGGGUUACCACAAAGACAUAGAGAAGGUUAAUCAUAAAAAUAAACUGCUGGAAAACAAAAACAAGAAACUCCAGUCUGAAGCGGAUAUGAUGAAUGUUCGAAAUAUAGAAUUAAAAAGCAAGCAUAAAUCAAUGAUAAAGGAAUCGAAUCAUUCCGAGGAGAAAAUCAAAGACUUGGAAGAAAAAGUCCAGACACUAACAUCUGAACUAGAGACUUGUUACACUGAAAAUGAUGAGCUAAGGGAUCAGAUUCGUCACCUAAAAUUAAAGCUUUCAGAACCUGAAGAAGAAUCAGAUUUAUUGAUAGAAGACUAUACACAGGUAUUGAAAGAGAAGGGUGAAAUGUACAGGAGACGAUUAUCUGGACCUAUCACUCCAUCAGUUUUACACAAACUAAGGAGAGAUGAUAGUGAACAUUCUUUGAUCAGCUGUGCCAACAGUGGCCUAAGUUCAACCUUAGAGAGUCAGGGUAGAGGGUCUGCACUCACUAGGCCACGCUCAGAACUCUCAGAUGUGAGCUUUGCGAACAGUUCUCAUUCAGAUGAAGUGCCUAGGUGAAAAAGGAACUCUCAAGGAGCAGACAUUUUAAGGACUGAUAUAAAAUCAACCAGACCAUCAACAUAUUGAAUUUCAACAAGUUGUGAAACCUGGAUAUAUGAUUUGAUCUGUAUUACAAAGUCUGUAUUUACUUACUGCCACAAAUACUCAAAAGUGUUAAAAUUCAAUAAAAACUGUUGAUAAUAGAUGUCCAAAUAUUGCCUGUCAAAUCUUUUUCAAAUAAAUAAUGCAAUGUAAGAUAAUCACCCCUCUUA